GUCAGGUGCAAUUUGUUUUGAUACACGUUCAUAAAACAAAUAGGUCGAUAAGAGCGGCUAAUAUCACGUUGGUAGUGUUUAUCAGCUUUCAAAACUUUGUUGAUACUGGUACAUUCCUCUUUGCGUAGCAGCUACAGACAUGGCGUCAGUCAAAAGUGUGGGUAACGUUAGAAGUCGAGAAACUUCACGAAUGUAAAUACUGAGGAAUCGACAGAAACGUUGUUCUUCUGGCACACAUUUAUCGAUACCAACUGAACAUAAAAUGCCACGGAAAAAGCCUUUCAGUAAUAAACAGAAGAAGAAGCAGCUCCAAGUACGGAGGGAGAGAAAAAGAGGGGACACAGGCUCAGGGCCCAGCAGUCGGAAUGCCAGUGCAGAGAGAGGAACGGAGCGCCAGUCGGAUACGUCGGACAGUGAGACCACAGACGUGCGGAGAAUCAACCAGCAGCCCUCCACAAGGGACACCCGUUAUGACCACAACAGAUUUCGAUUGCACUUUGAGAAGGAGAGUCGCGAUGAGGUGGAUAAGCGGAAGAAGGUAGCCAUGGAGAAAGUUCUGGAAGCUGCAGCUGAACAGGACUUGGAAGUUGAUAUAAAUGACAUCUACCCUGAGGAGAGAGGGCUGGACUUUCCAAAGCGACCCUCCUGGCAUUAUGGGAUGUCACGAGAGGAGCUGUUGCGGAAGGAGGAGAGGUCCUUCCGGGAGUACCUGGAGACUCUUCACUCCCGGAACCCACCUGGCUCACUCAGCCACUUCGAGCACAACCUGGAGACAUGGAGACAACUGUGGAGGGUCUUGGAGAUGUCCGACGUCAUCUUACUUAUUGUGGACAUCAGGCACCCUGUGUUACAGUUCCCCCCGACCUUCUACCACUACAUCACUGCAGAGCUCCAGAAGCGGGUGGUGCUGGUCCUGAACAAAGCGGACCUCUGCCCGCCCGCGCUGGUGCUGGCCUGGAAACACUACCUGCACUCCCACUUCCCCCACCUGCACUGCGUCUGCUUCACCUCCCACCCAGGACAGCCCUACAGCACAGUUCUGCAGAAGAAGAGGAUGAAACGGAAAGGACACUGGAACCGGGCAGGAGGACCUAUCCACAUCAUGAAGGCCUGUCAGGACAUCACCGCAGGAAGAGUGGAUCUGAGCAGCUGGGAGCAGAAGAUCCAGAGGGACGCUGCUGCGGUGGGCACCGAAUGGGAACAGUCAGACGACGGGGCCGAGUCCGUUCUGGUGGAACACCAUAGCGACGUCGCCAUGGAGAUGAACAAUCCUACUCAGGAGCUGUAUAAGGAUGGAGUGCUCACUUUGGGCUGCGUAGGAUUCCCAAACGUGGGAAAGUCGUCGGUGCUGAACAGCCUGGUCGGCAGGAAGGUGGUGAGCGUGUCGCGGACGCCCGGCCACACCAAGUACUUCCAGACCUACUACCUCACCCCCACCGUCAAGCUGUGCGACUGCCCCGGCCUGGUCUUCCCCUCCCGCGUCAACAAGCAGCUGCAGAUCCUCGCAGGUAUCUAUCCAGUGUCUCAGCUGCAGGAGCCCUACAGCUCUGUGGGCUACCUGUGCGAGCGAACGCCCUACCUCUCCGUCCUCAAGCUGAAGCACCCCGGCCUGGACGACAUGCCCCCGGAGGCGCGGCCCACCCCUGGCCAGGAGAGCUGGACGGCCUGGAACGUUUGUGAAGCAUGGGCUGAAAGAAGAGGUUACAAGACAGCCAAGGCUGCCAGGAACGACGUGUACAGAGCAGCAAACAGUCUCCUGCGCCUGGCCAUCGACGGGCGUCUGUGUUUGUGCCUGAGGCCGCCAGGCUACCACAGCCAGAAAGACCAGUGGGAGUCCCACCCAGAUGUGUCUGAGAUCAUCGCCCUGCAGGGUCGGCAGGAGGAGGGGGAGGGGGCAGGAGAGCGGGGGGAGGUGGAGGAGGACGAGGGCGAGUCCAGCUCGGAGCCCGAGGAGGAGAGGGACCGUGACGCGGACGACGACGAAGACGGCGACGGUGAUGACGAGGACGAGGGCUUCGUGAGCUCCAAGCGGAGAGAGAAGCCGUCGCCCAGCCUCACGGUUAACAUGUUCAGCGUCCUGGGAGAGAACGAGUGUGAGUGAGGGCCACUCUCCUCCGCCCUCCCGCACUCUGAUCCCUCUCUCUCUUUUCCCCUUCAUCGUGUUCAUUCCGUUGUUGUUUUUCUUUUUCUGACAUUCCCGCACUACCUCUCCUCACCUCUCCUGCCUACAGUCCCAGCUGACUCCCAUUCCACACUGCUGGCUAUUUCUCACUCACUCUUUCUUUGCUAGUCAGCCCUCAGCCUCCUCUGCAUUCAUCUCUGUCUCUCUUCUCUCAUCCAUUUUAAACACAGCCUCUCGCACACAACAGGUUCGUUGGAGGUAAUACCAGGCCCUCAUGCGGGCUCAGGCUCACACACGCACACACACACACACACUCACACACUUAUAUACAUACACACACACACACACACAAACGCACUCAUACACACACAUACACACACUCUAUCAGACAUACCAACCUUCACAUUAAACUUGACACCCGCACAAAAUUGAAUCCAGACAGGCUUGGAACACUUCCUUCUCCGACCAUCUUUCUCACCAACAAUCAAAUCAAUCUCACACACGCACACACACAGCACUGUGCACACACAGGUACAUGUUGAAAUCUUUCAGCCAGCACAAUCGCCUUUUUUCCAUUUUGAACUUGCUCUUAUCCUCAUACUCUCUGGAGGGCCUGAUUACCUCACAAUCACAUGGUCCUCUCUGAGAUACAGACUGACACAUUGAUGUCAGUUCAUCCCCUCUCUCAGACUGAAGCACGCACACACACCACACCACUCACACACGUCCUUAACCUUCUGCAGUUCUUCAUCUCAUCUCUACUCUCAUCCUCAUAUUACCCUUUUCAUCUCUCUGCUUCAACACACACACACACACACACACACACACACACACACACACACACACACACACACACACACACACACACAUACACAUAGCCCUGCUAUACCCCUCUUGCUUGGCUUUUUUGAUCAUGCAUAUCUAUACAUGUCAUGAUGCCCACUCUCACAGUCACAAAGAGUGCUGUUUUGUGUCUUUCUAAUUCAUUUAUCUUGUCUUUUCUGUGCCUCCGAACGCCCAAGCAGAUUUGCGUCCCCAACACUCCUUUUUUAUUUCAUUUGGAUUUCGAUCUCUGCAUGUAAUCCCCAGGUACCCUGCAUGGGUAAUGGGGGUUUAUUAGUACAAUCAUUUUUUUUUUUUGGCAAAGAAUUCGUUUUCCAUAAGUGACCUCUCAGCUGUGAUGCCAAAGGACUGGUUAAGUCAGUGGUCAUGGGACAAAAGGGACGCAGGGCCUCUCCUGGUGUUCUAGAAUAGGUUACAAUUCUCUUAUUGGGUCAUACAGGAGCACCCGUUAUGUCCACCUAGUCAAUCCCCAGCAAGAGUUGCAUAGGAAGCCACACCACAGCAGUGGGGCUCGUCUCAGCAGAUGGCUCUUGAAGACGUAGGCACUUAUUUGCUCCUCAAACAGCCACUUUUGGACUGGUCAAACAGCUUUUGUGCACUCCAAAUUUAAACCAUUCAAAGUCUGCUGUUAUUACCGGAUUGCUCACGUUGCCAAGGCAACAGAAUAGCAAUAUGCCCCGGCGGCCAUAUCUUACAGGCCUCUGAUGUUCUCGAUGAAACAAAGAACUACUUUAUGUCUGUUACACUCUGGCUAUUCCUACGGUGUGUACCAAGGAGUUUGGGGAGGGGUGGCAACUUUUAGUCCCAGACAGAGGAGUUUGGGUAAUGUAGUGUUAUAACUACCACAGGGAUUGUAGAGAUGCUGUAGUUCACUGCUACAGUCUAUAUUUUUGCUACAUACACAGCACUAUAUUAUGCAAAGUGGUGAGUUUACUCAUUGAUUUGCGCAGUGCCUUGAACUGGCACAUGGUCAUACCUCAUAUAUUUCACUCCAGUAAACACUACUCAACAUAGCACAGUGCUGUGUAGCAAUCUCACCAAUUCAUGUAUGCCGAAACUAGUUGAGGUAUAAAAGUAUUUUUUUCAAAUCAGUUUACCGCUUCCGAGUAGCCAGUACUGUAAUUUCCAUGUAUAUCAUGGUGAUGGCUGGUAGGGGAUUAUGCAAUUCAUAAUUUAAUCUUCCUUAUCUUCAUCAGACUACAGAGCUUCCCUCUUGGAUUUAGACAUGAAAAUAUUAAAAUUGCCAUUGUCCAAUCAAGUCAUUAGAAAUGGAUAUCUGACAGGUGGGAACAAGAUAUUGCAAUUGCAAGUGCUCAUCCAUGGUGCAGUGACCUCUGUAGAAAUGCAAAGGUCUGUACUCCCCCACCUGAACUGGAGAUAGAUGAUCUUUCCUACUUCAUAAAGGUCUUGAGACUAAAAUAGGAAAUUAUUUUGCUCUUGUUACAAUGUUAUGCCUGUAAGUGAUUACAAUAAGUUGAAGGGUUUUUAAGUCUUGUGUGAGGCUUGCAUUUGAGCUGAUUUUUUUUCUUUUUUUUCAUUUCAUUCCUUAGUUUAAUGAAAUCAAGUGAAAUUUUGAAACUGGACUGUGGCUACCCUCUGCAAUAAAAUAUACCCAACCGACA